GAUCGGGAAUAAUGCUGCUCUCCGCGCCUCCAAGGACAGGAACCAACCCGUACCCCGGCUACCCUCACCGGCCCGGCAAAAAGCAGGCGUAUGCAUCCUCCAUCCAACAGAUGGCACCUCCCAGUCCCAAUACCACCAGCAGCAGUAACGGGAGCAGUGGUGGAGGAGACCAGCUAAGCAAAACCAACCUGUACAUCCGUGGCCUCCACCCGGGCACGACAGACCAAGACCUGGUUAAACUCUGUCAGCCGUAUGGCAAGAUUGUUUCCACCAAGGCCAUCCUGGACAAGACCACCAACAAGUGCAAAGGCUACGGCUUUGUGGACUUUGAUAGUCCAGCGUCUGCGCAGAAAGCAGUGAUGGCACUAAAGGCCACUGGAGUUCAAGCUCAGAUGGCGAAGCAACAGGAGCAGGACCCCACCAACCUGUACAUCUCCAACCUACCGCUGUUCAUGAGCGAGCAGGAGCUGGAGAGCAUGCUGAAGCCAUUCAGUCAAGUCAUCUCUACACGUAUCCUCCGUGACGCCAAUGGUGCCAGCAGAGGAGUCGGAUUUGCCAGGAUGGAAUCGACAGAGAAAUGUGAGGCUGUCAUUCAGCAUUUUAAUGGCAAAUAUAUCAAGACUCCACCCGGAGUGGCAGUGCCUACGGAUCCACUGUUGUGCAAAUUUGCUGAUGGGGGGCAGAGAAAACGCCAGAGUCAAGGGAAAUAUCUUCAACAUGCACGACCAUGGACAAGAGAUCCAGAGACGGGUGGAGUGAUGCUAACCUAUGACCCCAGUCCUGCUCUACAGAACGGGUUCUACUCCUCACCCUACUGCAUUGCUCCCAACAGAAUGAUCACACAAACCUCCAUCUCUCCGUACAUGCAUUCACCAGUAUCAACAUACCAGAUCCACAAUCCAUCAUGGAUGCACCAUCAGUCGUACCUCAUGCCGCCCACAGGAACAGUUUUAACACCCACCAUGGAUCACGCUCUGUCCAUCCAGCCUGCUGCCAUGAUGGGGCCACUAACCCAGCAGCUCAGUCAUCUUACCCUGAGCAGCACCGGCACGUACAUACCUGCAAACACAGCUAUGCAAGGGACAUACAUGCCCCAGUACACCCAAGUGCCUCAUGCUGGUGUAUCAGUCGAGGUAAGGCAACAAACAGGAAGAAACAGUUCAAUGUUUAAUGUUUUCAGAAUAUUUUUGCUCACUUUUUGGGAUCUGCAGGAAAACGGAAUCCAGCAGGAGCAGGUCACUAUAGAAGCGUCCACAGAACAUUCAGCGUACUCCUACCAGCACAGCAAGUAAAAGGAGGUAGUGGGUGGAGGAAUCGGCAGAUUAGAGGUUAUCCUGGGUCUCCUGUUUCUGAUGGUCUGGACAUUAGAGAAGCAGAUAAUGCAAAGACAACAACAGGAGACUGAACCUCAAUCAGUAAAAGGAAACGAGACAUUUACUGUAAUGGAGGCAUUUUCCAGAGUGUCAAGACCAAGCAAAGGACAUGUUUUUGGCAGCAUAAAACACAUACACACACACACUUUAAUAAAGUUUUUUUCUUUUGCAGGCAACAUAUGGCUUUAUUUUGGACAGUCAGUUUAGAACUGUAGUCUUAUUUUUUUUUAUAAAUUUAUAUUUUGCUUCACUUUUUAAAGAUUUGAUUUGUAAGUGUUGUAGAGGUACAGUUUUUGUACAUAGACAAAAUGUGUUAAAAAAAGUUUUAUUGCAUUUUUUAUUAAACAUCAAAGAAACAGUUUGAAACAAA